AUGGUGCAGCCGCUGCCGCUGCCAAGCGUCGCCAAGGCGCUUGCCCUCCCCGAACUCCUCACCAGCAUCCUCGACUGCCUCUCGGGCGACAUGCGGCACCUCGCACAGGCCGCCCGCGUCAACAAGCAAUGGUUCUCGUGCGGCACCAACGUGCUCUGGCGACAUGCCAGCUGCGAGGCCCUGGCAAAUGUGCCCGACGACCGGCGCCACAUCUACGCCGCAAAGAUCACCUCGCUCACCUUCUCGGGCGGCGAAGAGGCCCUCUACCAUGAGCGCUUCCGGAACCUCGAGUUCAGCAGCCUCAGGCACAUUUCCCUCGACGCCUAUCGUCCGGCAGACUAUGCUUCGUACCCCAUCCGCCAGUACUUUCAGCCGCCCCUCGAGUCCUUUUCCUUCUAUGGCGGCCAUCUCGACCAUGAUCUGCUCGACCAGCUGCGCAGCCAGGCCUGGCGCCUGCGCACCCUCUUGAUCGACUCGCCGGGCCCCCAUGUCGAGGCCUCCUUCUUCCUCGACUUUAUCUCGCGCUACAAGUCGCUCCAGCACAUCAAGUUCCUCUACGGCAUGGACCAUCUCGUUACCGACGACCUCAUACUGCACCUUGCCCAACGAUCAGAUCUCCUGCAGCUCGAGAUUGGAAAGACGUGCUCCGAGCAGCUCCUCGAGCUGGUUUCGUCGCGCAUCGCCCAUCCUUUCAGAGACCUCCGCGCCAUCCACAUUGCUCUCACCUCUGCAGCCGUCCCCUCGGCCGCCAAACUCUUUCCACGCGUCACUUAUCUUGGCUUGGACGUUCGAGACGCCGGCGUCAACGUCAUGCAGUCGCUUUCCUCCCUGUCUGCCCUGCGUCACUUUGCCUUGACCUUCGCCGCCGACACCCGACUUUCCCUUGAGGAGCUCUUGUCUCUGAAGAAGCUCUCCAGGCUCCAGGAGCUUACGAUAGAACCGAAUGAAAGGGAAACCGACCCAACCGUCACCGCUCUCGAGGCCGCCUUCUCCGACAAGCACUUUGAUGAUAUCGUUUCUCACCUCCCCUCUCUACGCCGCCUCAGCUUCUUGGUGCAGUGCACACUGUCUGCCGCCGCCCUGCUGUCUCUCGCCAAGCACUGCCCGCUGCUCGAGGAGUGCAACAUGCUUCCAGUCUUUGACAUCCGAAUGCUGGAGAGCGAGGCUCGCCGCAACAGCCCCCUGUUUCCCAAGCUGCGUUUUUUGGAGGUGGGUGGCUUUCGCCCAUCGACCCCGAACGGCGAGCAGAGUGCCGAACAAACACCUCCCCAGGACCUCAUCGACCUCAUGAAGAAGUCCUUUCCUAAGCUGAAGGAACUCUACGUCAGCGCCGACGAUGAAUACUCGGCAGCGGUGGCCGACGAAUUUUCAGCCUCGGAUAGCGACUGA